GGCGCACAGAGUUUGAGCAAACUGUGCAAAUGCGCCGAGACUUUGGUUUGCAACACCUGCUAGCUGAAGCUAGGCUGGUUUAGCUAACCGAGAAGCUAAGCUAACACCGUUAGCAGCUCAGCCGGGGAUGAAGAAGGAAGGAGGGAUUUAUCACUGGGUGUGCUGAGUUAUGGAACAGGUGCCUGAACUUAUCACAGGAGGACUGGGAGAACAGAAACAUGGCCAGUAAUGCCAUGCCAGGCUUCACCUGCCAGGCUAAUGGAGAGGACAACCCGAGGCAGGUGAGCGUGUCUGGCUGUUCACGUCGGAACCAGUCGGAGUCGGAACUGGACGGUGCCCCGACGGCGAAGAGCUUAGCUCGGCUGUGCAGCUGGGACAUAGAGGAGCGGGCCACGGCUCUGGAGGAGCUGAGCCAGAAGGUUCUGGUGUGUUUGGGAUUGGACCGGCCCGGUUCGGCACGGCUGAGCAAACAAAUGCUUCUGCAUCUGCUUCGACUGUCGCGUUCGUGCCCGCUGCAGGAGGUUCGUGAGAGAGCAGGCGAGCUGCUGCGGACCGCACAGGACGAAGGAGUGGAAGUACCUCGAGCCUUGGCUUCUGGUCCGAGUGCCUUUGUUCCUGCUAAAGAGAUCCUGAAAGAUGGGCCCAAUCAGGACGUCCUCAUCGAGUCUUUUCUGUCUCUUGGUCGGGUGGACCACCUCACCAUGGUCAUGGCCCUCCACCCGGCCUAUCUCAGCUGUUUCCUGAAGACCCAGCAUGCUUUGUUGGAGCUGGACGGCCCUUUGCCCCAUCACUGGAGACACUACAUUUCUAUAAUGGCUGCAGCACGCCACCACUGUGCGUACCUGGUGCAGCAGCACGGCGCGGGCUUCCUGGAAGCUGGAGGCGACGAGAGCUGGCUGAGCAGCUUCGAGCACACUCCCAYCAAACUGCGCAGCCUGCAGACGCUCAACAAGCUGCUGGCACACAGACCCUGGCUCAUUACGCAGCAGCACAUCCAGGAGCUGGUGAGUCCCGGAGCAGAGCCACGCUGGUCCCUGGCAGAGCUGAUCCACGCUGUGAUUCUGAUGGCGCACACUCACUCCCUCUGCUCCUUCGUGUGGGGGUGUGGCUUAAACCCCGAACCCGACCACAUCGGCGGUUACACCUUCCAGCCUCCGUCGCCUAAUCACCUCCCCCGCAGCCCUCACAGCCCGGCCCCCGAGGACAGCAGGCACGAGCUGGUGGACGGAGCGGUGGAGGUGGAGGUGCUGAUGAAGAGGAUGGUGGAGCUGCAGCAGCAGCAGCAGGAGGAGGAGUGCACGCAGGAGGAGAUGGUUACUCGGUUUGAACGGGAGAGGAGCGAGAGCAUACCAACAGCGGUGGUGCGAGGAGCUCCACCUGACCUGCUGCUGUGUCUGGUGGAGGAGCCCGAGUUCAGAUACGAGGACUUCGCCCCCCGAGGAGAGCACUCGCCACCCGUCCUGAGAGCACAGGACUACUCGUGGGAGGACCACGGCUUUUCUCUGGUCAACAGACUGCUUCCUGAUAUGGGCCAGCACCUGGACGAGAAAUUCCAGGUGGUGAGCAGCUUGACGUACCACAGGAUGGCCAUGCAUGAAGGUGUCGAUACGUACACCCUGAGGAAAGCUCUGUGGAACUACAUCCACUGCCUCUACGGGAUCCGCUACGACGACUACGACUACGGCGGCGUGAACGUGCUGCUGGAGCGCUCCCUGAAGGUGUUCGUGAAAACCAUGGCCUGUCAUCCCGAGCAGACCACCGCGCGCAUCUACCACGCCUUCUGGAGGCACUUCAGACACUCCGAAAAGGUCCACGCUAACCUCAUCGUGAUGGAAGCUCGGCUGCAGGCUGCCCUUCUCUACGCCCUGCGAGCCAUUACGUACUACAUGAGAUGACACGCCUCUUUGCAGGUGUUGAGCCAGCUGUGAUGGACAGGGUUUCAUUAGCACGCACUACAAUGACUGUUUUCUGGUGCACAUCGUGUAAUUCAGUGUUAAUAUUUUGAUGCUGCUUUGCAAACGUGGAUGUAUUUAAAUAUUUUGUUUUGUACAAAUGUCGUACCUGGAUUUAAAUCUACUGGAGCCUCGAGUGUUCUGCUGAAGUUGCACAUGUUUCCGUCACACCUACACGCUGCGUGUCCGGUGUGCCAGUUCGGUCUGGCAUUAAUGAAUCAUCGUAUGUGAAGUGCUUUUGUUGUUCGUUUGACAAAUUCACCUCAAGAAAUCACUGAGCCUCAGUCUCCCUUUGUCUGCAGUUGGGAUUAAAAUAAAUCUUGUAUUUUUAUAAGCAAUAAAGUUACUUUUGUUAUCAAUAAAA